UUUCCCUGCAGCCUUCCCAAAAAAAAAAAAAAAAAAAAGCCAAAAAACUUUAUUUUUUUUUAACCAGGGUUUACGCCUUUUUUCUGUACUAUAAUCAAUUAUUUAGGUUCAUUCUGUCCAAUCCAUGUACACCACAUUGAAAUGCUUAAGGCUGCCAAAGAAACCAUGGAGAAGGGCCAGGAUGGAAUGGGCGCAGCCAUGGUUCUUGGAGGAUUUGUCUCUCCCAGUCACGAUGCAUAUGUGGGUCAGAAGCUCAAAGGAGAUGCCUUGUAUCUGAAUUCUGAAGAACGAAUGGAGCUGUGCCGUUUGCAGACUGCGGACUCUGACUGGAUCGAUGUUGACCCCUGGGAGGCAACUCAGAGUGAAUUCUAUGACUAUCACAAGGUCACAUCGCGUCUGCAGCAGUUCCUGCAUGAACAAUGUCAGUCAAGGCUCGAGAGCAAGAUGCACGCCCUUCUGCAGGACCAGCAGAUGCAUCACAACAACAAUUUCAUCAUCAACCAAAACAACAACUGUAGCACCAGCAAAGAGAUGUCACAAGGAUCAGGGUCACUCGAAUCAAAAAAGAAUCCAUUCAACAUCAGGGUCGUAUACAUCUGUGGCGCAGACUUUGUCCUUCGAACAGGGGCACACAAACUCUUUGGAGGUCUUGUCGUAGUUGACAGGCCUCUUGGUCCUCCUUCCGGCAGACGUUCCAUCCUGCUCAUCAACUCUGGAGGACACAUCAAUGUACCAGUCUCAGACCAGGCUGAUAGUAGUGAAAUCUCAAACUCACUUUCACCGACAGGAUCAACAUCCGGCUUGACUGUCAAAGAAAGAGUAUUUCAGAAGCUGACGAAAUCGUAUGGAGCACACUGGUGCGAAGCCAGCAUGAACAACAUCUGGUGGUUACCUACGAGAAGUAGUAGCGAUACUGGUGACAUCAGCUCAACUCGGAUACGCAAGCUGCUCACAGAAAACGACGAUUGUGCGGGUUUGCUUCAUCCUGCGGUUGCUAAACGUCUUCGCGAGAAGCUAGACAGCAAGAAGAACGCUUAAGGAAACGCCGCCAUGCGUUGAUCGGAUCUUUUCCCCCAUACAUCUACUCAUUACCGUAAAUUAUCACUUACUCUGCUGUACCCUUUUAUAUUUUUUGUUGUUUCAAUUUUUCUUUUCUUUUCUUUCUUUCUUUUUAGAGAAAGAAGUUGUAUGUAGUUGUUGAAUGUGUAUUAGUACGUCGACGUCUUUAGGAGCUAUAAUCGAGACAAUGGCUUUUUUAGACCUCCGUUUUUUUCUUAUUAUUUCCGUUUUAUUCUUUUACUUUUAUUUUCUCCUUGCUUUGUAAAAUAAACCGAU